UCCCCGUGAUGCUGUCUCUGUUUACUUUCCGCCAAGCUCAGAAAGAGUCAAAGGACCUGCCAGCCGAACAACCAGAGAUCCAAACAGAGAUCAAGACAGGGAGAGCUUGGGUACCCUAUUUGGUGCUGUUGGCACUGUUGAUUGCUGCACUGGCCGCAGGGAUGGUCUUCAAAUUUUUCCCCCUCUUCUUCAUCAACAUCUAUGGCAUGUCUGUUGUCCAGAUCAGCGUGGUUCAAGCCAUUGAGCCCUUGGUGAAGGCUUGCUUCACCUACCUGGUGGGUGUUUGUGCUCCGGUGGUUGGUCGAGCCGAAGCCACCAGUGUCUGUAUGGUCGGGGUCAUUGGAUGCCUCCUUGGCCUAUUGAUAAUGCAACCGGGUAGCGAGGAAGGAACGCAUCAUCUGUUAUCAUCAUUGGCUCUCUUCAUGUUCCGAGGAAGCCUUGCCCAAGCAUCUUGGGCUCUUGCUUGGGCAAUCUUGGUGGAUUGCGUACCUGCAUCCCAGAGGGGUAGAUGGAGCAGCAGCUGUACCGUAUUGAACAUGUCCUGGAGUGGGGCCGCCGUGGUUGCUGGUGAGCUGUUGGACAAGCACGGCUACCAAUACACUUUCUGCAUAGCUGCAGGGCUCAGCGCAAGACUUCCAUUCGAACCUGUCGAAGUUUCGGCCAAUGCAAAUGCUCCAGAAUUUGAAAGAUUCGAAAGUGGAGCUGCAAAAGAGGUGGUGGUUGUGGUGGAUCCAUUCUCCACUGGAGGAUUUUUGGCAGCAGAGCUGUUGAGCCAAGGCUGUGCCGUUAUCGCGCUGUGGACCAAGGAAUCCAAUAUCCGGUAUCACGAUGCUCGGAUCGCACUGAGCGAUUAUCCGAAGAUUUUCGAUCCCAGACAACUCUUGGCUGAGCUGGACGAAGAGCCAACCGUGCAAGCCACAGCAGCUCGACUUCGCGAGGUGGUUAAUAGCAUUGGUAGCUUGGCAGCUGUGAUUUGCGGAGGCGACAGCGGCGUCAAAGCCACAGAUGCCCUGAGCGAAGCACUGGAUUUGCGCGGCAAUGGCCAUGGCAAUCGUCGGGACAAAUUGCUGCAACAACAGGCGUUGAAAGCAGCCGGUCUGAGAUUUGCACGCACAGUGAGCGGAACCACAUGGGAACAGGUCGCUGCAUUUGCUGAGACGGAGCAAUACCCUUUGGUUGUGAAACCCAUCGAAUCAGCUGGUGCAGAUGGCUUUAAGUUGUGUCACUCCAUGGACGAGGCACGUGAGCACUUCGACUUCUUAAGCAGUUCCAAUCGCUGUCGUGGUGCACAAGGCCGCGGUGUUCAGUUACAAGAAUUUCUCGAGGGAACAGAGUACAUCGUUGAUCACGUUUCCUGUGAUGGGGUGCACAAGACAACCAUGCUGUGGAUGCACGGCUUCCAGGAAGUCAACGGGCAUCGUGUUUGCAUUGCGCAGAGGCCAGUCCCUUUUGAUUCGUCUGCGAUGGCGGAGCUUGUUGCCUAUACGCGGCAGUGUUUAAACGCCUUGGGUGUCCGGAACGGUGCAACCCAUACUGAAGUGAUGUGGACCUCGGGCGGACCUUGCCUGGUGGAGGUGAACUGUCGAUGUCAGGGUGGCACGGGCUUUUGGGUGCCCCUGUGCCGAAAGAUGACUGGCUACAGCCAAGUUGAUGCCGUCACUGGUGCCUACCUGAGACAGGAGGCUUUCAAUGCACUGCCCAACACGCCGACAUUUUUGAUGUUUGGCGACAUCAUUCACUUGAUCUCCUACGAAGAGCGUCUCAUCACGGAUACGGCGAUGCCAGCGCUUGAGGCUGCCCGUGGCUUAUCAUCGUUUACAGAUGUUGCCCUGAAUGUGGAGCUGGGAAAAAUGAUGUGUAAAACAACCGAUUGGAACACGCUCAUUGGUGCUAUGGCAUUGUGCCAUCCCGAUCCAGCUGUACUUGCUGCUCACACUUGCUUGAUUCGAAGCAUGGAGACGUCUGGAAGCUUUGUUUAGGGUGUGCAGUUUUGUUCAGGGUAGAUUUGGGCUGUGCGCAAGGGAUGGG